UGGUGCUGCUGAGUUGUUCGUGCUGGCUAGUGCGUGCCUUCGAUUAAUAUAAAGUUGCACUGGAGUUUUUCUGUUAAUUCAACAUUUUUGCCGAGAAAGUGUUUGGCUUCGUUUCUGCUCCUGUCACUCAUCAGUUUGUGCUGAGUCAUCGUUAUGCAGUGCUCAACCUGCAAUGCACCCACCGAUAGUGCUAAUUCGGUGUCCUGUGCCGGUGUUUGUGGUUCCAAGCAUCACACCCAUUGCACGGGGUUGUCUCGUGAUUCUACUCGUGAGCUUGGGCGUAAUAAUCAGUUAUUGUGGUUGUGCAAAACAUGUCACGAGUUUCGCAAUGGCACAAAUUCACUUCUCACAAAUCGGCUAUCAAGAGCGAUUUGCUUCCUGAGAUCCUCGCUCUCGUUGAUAAGCGAGCGCUAGCACCCAUAUUAGCUAAGCCGUCUGUUAGCAACGCAUCGCUUACGCACACAUCCACUAAUGUAUCGUCGCUCAAUGCCACAAAUACAUCCAGAACGACUAAAACAGCUUCCGCUCGCCGUACAUUUACUAACUCAACGGAGCUCACUGCUGAUAUCCAAGCUGCGAACGAUACCAACACUGUAGAAGAUUCUGACAACUGUAACCACUACAAUCAUCGUACUAAGCCGACUAGUGAUGUUAGUGCUGGAAACUACCGAACAAAUACACAAGCAUCUUCUGAUCCUGUUUUGAACCAAAACACCACCAACACGGGCAUAGCCGAGAAAGUAUGGUUAUACUUCACGAACAUCAAAUCGCAUGUCUCCGCUGAUGAUAUGCGUGUGUGGCUUAAAGCUGUGCUACCAACGGACGAUAUUAAUGUUUACCGUCUCACGAAAAAGGGUGUGAACCUGGACUCGAUGUCCUUCAUAUCGUUCAAAGUGAGUGUUCCUAAAUCUCUUAAGGAGCUUGCGCUGCAGUCUACUAUUUGGCCAGUUUCACUUACUGUUCGGGAGUUUGUUGCUCGUGGCCUACCAAAGCAACGUGUACAUGAAAGGGCUCGAUUUGACCCUUCUGAGCUUAUUUCGCAUCGUACAAAUUGUGAAAAUUGCUCUUCAGCUGUGCCAAAAACUACCGCUCAUCCGGAUCAUUUUUUGGAACAUCGAUCGCCACCCCCACAGCGCGGGAUUCUAUCACCAUCCCAGUUGACCGAGAUCCUAGAGGCUAUUCAACUGGAGUUUCCUCCCACACCGCCUCAGUUAUCACCGGGGGUGGGGCUUCAAUCACAAUUCAAUCUCAGCAACAGAACAGCUCACAAUUAAUAGACCCAUUCGUGAUAUAUUACCAAAAUGUUCGAGGCCUUCGCACCAAAUACAAUGAAUUGUGCCUUUCUGCGAAUGAAUCAGGGUUUGAAAUGCUUGCCCUUACUGAAACCUGGUUAAAUGAAUCGAUUCCAUCCAACAUGGUCCUUGAUAGUGAUGCCUACAACAUAUACCGCUGCGAUCGAAGCAGGUUAAACAAUGAACGUUCGCGUGGGGGUGGUGUGCUACUUGCAUGUUCCGUUCGAUAUCCUUCUGUGGCACUUAACAUUAAUCAACCCACGCUUGAAGCUUUAUGUAUACGUGUUUCUUUUUCUAAGUUUCGUCUUUAUGUGGGGAUUGUUUAUGUGCCACCGUAUUUGAGCAGCGACCGCAACUAUUUGGA